GCCGUGUGGGGGCGGAGCCAACUCCGCCGCUUUCUCUGUCGGCCUAGGUGCGCGGCGGGCGCGCGCGGACCCAGCACCGGCCGCGGACCCGCUAUGGGCCCGCCCGGCCCCUGGCGCCGCGCUGCGCGAGCACCGGCUUAAAGUCAGGAUUGAAGCUCCAGAAUGGCUGACCAGGACCCUGGGGGCAUUAGCCCCCUUCAGCAAAUGGUGGCCUCAGGGGCUGGGGCUGUGGUCACUUCGCUCUUCAUGACACCCUUGGAUGUGGUGAAGGUCCGCCUGCAGUCUCAGCGCCCCUCCAUAGCCAGCGAGCUGACACCUUCCUCCAGAUUCUGGAGCUUCUCUUACACCAAAUCACCCUCCUCUCUCCAAUCCACAGGGAAGUGUCUCCUAUACUGCAAUGGUGUCCUGGAGCCCCUGUACCUGUGCCCAAAUGGUACCCGCUGUGCCACCUGGUUUCAAGAUCCUACCCGAUUCACUGGCACUUUGGAUGCUUUUGUGAAGAUUGUGAGGCAUGAGGGCACCAGGACCCUGUGGAGCGGCCUCCCUGCCACUCUGGUGAUGACUGUGCCAGCUACUGCCAUCUACUUCACUGCCUAUGACCAGCUCAAGAUCUUCCUGUGUGGUCGAGCCCUGACCUCUGACCUCUAUGCACCCAUGGUGGCUGGUGCACUGGCCCGCAUGGGCACUGUGACGGUGAUCAGCCCCCUGGAACUGGUACGGACCAAGCUGCAGGCUCAACAUGUGUCAUACCGUGAGUUAGCCACCUGUGUCCAGGCUGCAGUGGCUCAGGGUGGAUGGCGCUCACUGUGGCUGGGCUGGGGCCCAACAGCCCUUCGAGAUGUGCCCUUCUCAGCUCUAUACUGGUUCAACUAUGAGCUGGUGAAGAGCUGGCUGAAUAGGCUCAGACCAAAGGACCAGACAUCCGUGGGCAUCAGUUUCGUGGCUGGUGGCAUCUCAGGGACAGUGGCUGCCAUCCUGACUCUCCCUUUUGAUGUGGUGAAGACACAGCGGCAGGUGGCACUGGGAGCAGUGGAGGCGAUGAGAGUGAAACCCCCACGUGUUGAUUCUACCUGGCUGCUGCUGCGGAGAAUUCGGGCUGAAUCAGGCACCAGAGGACUCUUUGCAGGUUUCCUCCCCAGGAUCAUCAAGGCUGCACCCUCUUGUGCCAUCAUGAUCAGCACCUACGAGUUCGGCAAAAGCUUCUUCCAGAGGCUCAACCAGGAAAGGCCUCUGGGUCAUUGAAAAGGUCCAGGAAACACCGCUGCUCUUCCACCAAUGGGGCAGGAGGAGACCUCUGAGCCAAGUGCCUUUGCCUCAUUACUGAGGAGGGGCCUCCCUUUCCUCCCUUUCCAGUCCCUUCUCCCUUCCCCUCCCCUCCCUUCCCUUUCCCUCUCUACGAAGAGCCCAGGUAGGGCCGCCCAGGCCUUUCUUAGAUACAGCUUGUUUCCUGCUGCUCUCCUUCCCAAGAUCAUCUCUUUUCUACCCCCAAGUUCAAGACCAAAUCUGAUAACUGUCCCCUCUUUGUGUUUCCUUUGUGUUUGCUGUAGCAGGGCCCCAAGAAGCCAAGAUCCCCUGGGCUGGGCUCAGUCUCCCCAGCCCUGUUAAUUCUGUCUAAAGAUGAUGACCUGUGUGGAGCCUGUGACUGCAGUGUCUGGGUGUGGUGGUUGGAGGUGGCCUGAGGAGCCACAUGCAGGGGAGGCCUGGGAUAGUUUUGACUCCCCAGAGAGGGACCCCUGAAGAGACCCUGCCCAAGGUAGGGAGUACCAGGUCAAGUGAGGACCCAGUGUUGAGGGGGGUGAUUAAGUUACCAUCCCAGUAGUGAGGUUCCUUCAGGAUGGGCCUCUACAAUGCUGGGGAGAGUGGGAAGACAUCUCCCUAAGAGCAU